AUGACUUCCAACAGAGCCCAGGAAAUGAAAGAGCGAGCCCGCGAAUUGGGUCUCGUUCAAACCUCUCAACACGAUCAAGACCUUUCCUCCAUCAAAGUUGAGAACUUUGUAGGCUUUACCAAAGUGACCCUCGGUCUAGCCGGCCCUUUACGGAUUGUCGGCCUCGGCGUUGACAGAAAGUUGUACGCACCGCUCGGAACUUAUUCUUGCGGGGACGCUGCCGGACAGAACAUGACAACCAAGGCCACCUCUUAUGCAUGUGGCAUGCUCCGAAAGAAGUAUGCAGACAAGUACGCGAUCAAGGACUUCUUUAUCGAGGGCCAGAUGGAAUCAGACAAGAAACCAUCCUGCGGAAAAGUCUCAGGCACCCAGGUCGUCGAGGCCAUCGCCUAG